UGGGGGCGGGCCCGCAUCUUAUUUCACUCAUUCAAAGCCCGACAGGACCCUGUGGAGCCCAAGCAACUGAGUUAACAAACUGCUCAACAUCUGUGGCUCUGAGUAGCAUCCUCGCGAAGCACUUGCCUUCUUGUGGGAAAAGCACGAAAAGCAAACAUUUUACUUUUAAUUUCUUCCUCAACUUUGUGAAAUUUAGCUGUUUACCCACCCUGACGCAGUCUGAAGGCGGAGAAGCAUCCAGCACAGAGUUGAAUGGUAGCAGUUUCAAAGGGUGCUGGCAGAGGAUGGUCACCUUUUCCACUAUCCCUCUUAUCUCAGCCGAGCAGCUGGGCUGCGACCACCAUAAAUCAGGAGCAAAGCUGGGAGAAGGCGACCACAGGGACCUGCGGCGAGGGAGGCAGCUCUCAGAGCUCCAGCAGCGGGGAGCCAUGGGGGACACCGAGCCCCCGGCACGGCGGCGAUGGGUGGGAAGGGGCAGCACUGGCUCCCAUGAGGAAAAUCCUUCCCUGCAAGGUGGGGAGCACCCCAGCGUGGUGUGGAGCACCUGGGAGCUGGUGGCUGUGGCUGUGGCCGCCCUGCUGUUGCUGUACAUGGCGCUGUGCUACCAGGGCUUCCAUUUCCACGUGGCUCAGGUGUAUACUCGCCUGGGGUACCCCCAUGCCCAGCACAUCGUGGGGCAGAGGUAUCUGCAAGGAGCUGGAGUGGAGAAAAGCGAGGACCUGGCCAUGCACUGGUUCAGGCAGGCGGCAGGACAGGGCCACCCUCACUCCUCCUUCAACCUGGCACUGGGAGCUCUCCGAAACAUGACGGCGGCGCUGGAGGAAGGGGAAGUAGAGAAACUCCUCAGUGUGGCUGCAGCCCACGGGCUCCAAGAAGCUCAGGAGCUUUUGGAGAACAUCCUCAAGAGCCGAAACCUGCCCUGAAUGCCUGCACCAAUGCCCUUCCAGCUUUGCCUUUGUCUGCACCUUUACCAAUAAUUAAUUGCCAGCUGGUAAUCACAUCUUGCACCAACUCGUCUGCUCUGUUAAGCUGGAUCCAGGCGUUGACCUGAGCGUGUAGGUGCAGAUGUGCCGUGUGUAUUUCGUGUGCUGCAAAGAAUGAUCACAGCUCAUCUUUGCCAUCAUAAAUCAGCAGGACACACGUGCGUGGUGUCAUUUGUAAUAGAACUAACCGUGGCUUCAUAGCAAAUAUAAAUAAUGCCCUCACUGCGUA